GGCUUCACAUGUCCUCUGCCCUGACCACACAGCACUCUGUGAAGUGGUUUGGAGGAAGCCUUCUAGUCAGCAUGGGCGACUUCCAGCAGCUUGAGCAGGACUUCUACCAGACAGGAUAUUACACAGAUGACCAGGGUCACACUGUGUGGCAUAGCUACGAUUCAACAAGCCCCGACUAUUAUGACGAUGGAGCGCAGGCUUUCAUGCCGGGUGCUGUGGAUCCUUCCAUGGACCAGCAGUAUACUGGACAGUUCUACCAACCUGCAAUGCCUUGUGGGAGUGUGGGAACAGAUUCUCCUGAAGAGGAACCUCCUCUUCUUGAGGAACUUGGCAUCAGUUUUGAUCACAUCUGGCAGAAGACGCUGACAGUGCUGAACCCCUUUAAACCUGCAGAUGGCAGCAUCAUGAACGAGACCGACCUGACAGGUCCUAUCGUCUUCUGCAUCACACUGGGGGUCUGUUUAAUGAUGGCAGGUAAAGCUCACUUUGGUUAUGUAUAUGGGAUCAGUGCCACAGCCUGUAUUGGGAUGUACAUUCUGCUGAGUCUGAUGAGUUCCCUGCCGGUGUCUUACGGCUGCGUGGCCAGUGUCCUGGGCUACUGCCUCCUGCCCAUCGUGGCCCUCUCUGCAUUUGCUGUCUUCUACUCUUUGCAAGGCAUCCUGGGUACAGUUCUGGCCUUGUUGGUGAUUUGUUGGUGUAGUCUCUCUGCCUCCAAGAUCUUCAUCUCCACCCUCGCCAUGGAGGGCCAGCAGCUGCUGGUGGCAUACCCAUGUGCCCUGCUCUAUGGGCUUUUUGUACUGCUCACCGUAUUUUAACCAUCAGCAGACACAGCCCAGAGGGAAAUCUUUUAUUAUUCAAGCAACAAUCUUUUGUUUUUAUCUUAAUUUACCAGCAAAGUUAAAAGGGAGAAUGUUUCUCACUGUUAUUUCUGUGUUUAGGUGAAGCAUUUAAGGGGCAGUGGGUGGAUGAUCGCAUCUUACAGAGCGGCGGCUCCACGAUGGAUCUCAGAAAUCAUUAGAAAUCAUUGAGAACCAAAAAUCCACAUGACCUCAAUGAUCUUAAAAAUGAGGCUGAAAUAUUUUAGCCUUUAUUUUUUUUAUCUAUGUAUGAAUGGUUUGAUUUCAUCUCUGUUCUAUGUAGAUUUUGGUUUACUAAUUAUUAAUGGUCUUUAUAUUUAAUACUUGGAUAUGUAACUGUAUGUUAUUUAUUCUGUCUGCAAAAAUGUUGAUGAAUAAAGAAUUUCCAAAGUG